GAGAGAGAGAGAGAGAGAGAGAGAGAGAGAGAGAGAGAGAGAGAGAGAGCAAAAGAAAGAGUGGGCAGCCACACUGGUGCACUCUGGUGGUUCUUGACACGGCGUCACUGUUGCUUGAUCUCCAACAGUCCACACUGAAACUACUCUGAUCCCAGUGGCCUUUAAAGUGGACGGGCGGAUUUUUCUUCUCAAGAACAUUUUUUUCCCAUUUCAUGGUAAUGUUCCCGGAUUCAUGAAAGUGUUGCAACUCUGUGAGCUAAUAUUGUCUCAGCAUUGUCGACAGUGUGGUUGUGGAUACAUCUUUUUUUUUUUUUUUGUGGAGAACAUGCUGUCAUUGCCUACACCAGAAGAACUUCCACUGACAAUCACGUCUGGGUCAUUACGUCUGGAAACAUGGAAACUGCCUUUUGAGCACUACCAAACAAGACUGUUUAGCUGGGAAAUGUAAGAAAGUAACUGCAACAUAGAGAAAUACUUUAAUGUCGUGAGCAGAUUUAUGAUGCUUGGAAGAAGUGCAGAUUCUUCCGUUUUGUUAACUUUAACCUGAAAAAACAUAACUUUAGCGUACAAUAAUGGACGGCAACCUGAGCACUUCAGGAUCCUAUGUGAUCAACAUAACCGAACCGUACCACCCGGCAGCGGGCCCCUGGAGCCUCGUCAUCCUGGUCGUCAUCAUACUGACUAUAGUGGUGGGUAACCUGCUGGUCAUCAUCGCCGUGGCUCGCACUCUACAGCUACAGACGACGACAAACAUUUUCAUCAUGUCCCUGGCGUGCGCCGACCUCAUCAUGGGGGUCCUCGUGGUGCCUCUCGGGGCCACCAUUGUUGUGACGGGCAACUGGCAGCUCAGUGACACCUUCUGCAAUUUCUGGACGUCUGUGGACGUUCUGUGUGUGACGGCGAGCAUCGAGACGCUCUGCGUCAUAGCAGUGGAUCGGUACAUAGCCAUUACGAGGCCGCUCCGACACAAGGUUCUUCUCAACAAGUGGCGCGCCAGGGUAGUGGUUUGUCUCGUGUGGGUCGUGUCCGCUUUGAUUUCCUUUGUACCCAUCAUGAGGGGGUAUUGGCGCGACAAUGACGACGAAGUAGCGAAAAAGUGCUACGAUACCCCGACGUGCUGUGACUUUGUGACCACCAGGGCCUUCGCCAUUAUCUCUUCCAUAGUGUCCUUUUACAUUCCACUGCUUAUAAUGAUAUUUGUGUACGCCAAAGUCUUUCUAAUAGCCGCACGGCAGGUCCAGCUCAUUGAUAAGAAUCGCAUGCGUUUCCAGAACGACUAUCCGACGGCGCAGGUGCAAGUCGUCCAUGUCAAUAACGUCCUGCCAUCGGCGUGCGCAGGCUCCAGCGGCUGCAGCGGCAACGCAGCUCGGAGAAAGAGUGCCAAGCGGAGGCCGUCGCGGCUGAUGCUCGUCAAAGAGCACAAGGCCCUCAAGACGUUGGGGAUCAUUAUGGGGACCUUCACUGUGUGCUGGCUUCCGUUUUUCGUCGCCAACAUCAUCAACGCGUUUGAAAGAGACAUUCCCGAUGAGAGGAUCUUCCGACUGUUAAACUGGCUGGGUUACAUCAACUCCGGCCUCAAUCCUAUCAUCUACUGCAGGAGUCCAGAGUUUCGAACCGCGUUCAAGAACCUGCUGGGCUGCCCGUGGCUGUCAACCAUGUGGGUCAAUACUUUCUACAAAGAGCUGCGGACUCGCUGCUCCUGCUUUCUGUGGCAGGCUGAGUCAGGCACGGCUGGCUCGUUCCAAAAGUCUCUGACCGGGAACACCGAGGGCAGCGGGAGCCUGGCCAGUACUCUUGGAAGCAGCAAAAGUGACGGCAGCAUACAGUUCAAUGACUCAACAGAGCCAGAAUCUAAAUUCUUCACAUUGCAGGAAAAGGACGGAUGAACUGUGGAAACGUCUACUGAAGCAAACCAUGUUCCCCAGCCGUUAGUGGGAUCCCCGCGAGGACGGAGGCCAAACAGCAGUGAGGACAGGCUGAAGAAGAGCACAGCCAGCGGCCCUGGUCCACGUGGCUGAAUGUAGCUAACCCCAAAGAGAGGACUGGAUCCACCGCACAGAAACAGCUGAUUUGGUGUGGACAGGAACUCUGUGACCAUCUUUGUGGACAGGAGACGGACCGCGGCAGCUCAGCACUUCACAGACAUUAGGUGACAACAAAGUGUCCUGAACUGCACGUUUGAAAUGCAUUCCAGUUGACCUUUAGACACAGUGUGUGUGGCCUGUGGUGGACUAAUGUUUUACAGUAUAUUAUGUGGUAAGUUAUUUUGAUACACUGAAUCUGUAGCAAAAGUUAGUUGGUGUUUUUAACUUAUUACAUGGUCAUGAUUCUGGCAUGGCUGUCUUCACUGUCAUGGCACAAACUUGUCAGCGUAAAAUAACAGCUGAACCAAAAAGGGCUGUGUACAUUCAAAUAUUCACCAAUACUGGUGUCUGUUUUCAGUCUUGAUCAUUCUGUUUUUGAGCCUAGACUCUGCAUCCACCCAAUAGUUAUCUUGCUUUAAUCUCCUCGCCUAUGUUAAGGUAUACUAUGGCUAUGGAAAAUGUUCAUUCAAUGUUCAGACGUUUCCAUUUAAAUCGGGACAACUCAAACAUAAUUCUUGUCAUAAAUUAACCAUUACUAGAAAUUAGCGUGCAAGGUACAGAAUUACAAUCUGCAGGUGGCUAUGCAAAACACUCCUGCUACAUGCUACCAGUAAACUCCCUACCUUCGCAACAGUCUCACUUCAUCAUCAAAAACUGAUGCUUGGUCAUAAUGUCUCCUUAGCUGCCUCUGUUAGACCCAGGAGGCUUUCAGCUCAUUAUAACGUAGUCCCAUCCGUGGCGAUAUUUGACUCUCACGGUCGCCCUUUGGCUUCAUUUAUAGGCGCGUUUUGUCAGAACCUUUGGUGCCAUUUUUUGACGCUCUGCGUUAGGGUCGAUUUGGCGGAAUUUUUUGUGUGCAGAGGAAAACCAUUAAGUCUCAUGUUGUCCUAGGGUGUGACCUGUUUUCAGCUUUUUUUUAACCCCUGUAUGGUCUUAUUUGGGGUUUUAAAAACAAUUCUGAGAUAAAAAUUUUACUUCAUAAUUUUUUAACAAAUUUGGUCUUUAUCUCAAUUUCAAACAAUUGAUAUAACAUAUAUUUAGGGAAUGCAAUCAGUCUUUACUAGAACAAAAUAAAAAAUGGAAGUGAGGUUCUUUUAUUUUUGUCAUAAGGUUAUAAUUCAUAUUAAAAAUCCACUAUGGAAACAACAUAAGUGGUCAUAUCCAGAAUAAUUUUUUGAAUUGAGUCAAGAAUACAUGUUUGUUACAGAAAAUAAGGUGAGGCCGUUGAUUUCCAGGUAGAAAAAAAAUGUACUACUUACUACUAAUUUCAACAUUAGAAAUAUCAAAUAACUUAAUCUGACUUAAAACAUCAAAAAAGCAACCACAACAUUAAAAAAGUGACAAAAAUGUCGGAAAAAGCGAUAGUGUUGAAAAAAAGCUUUUUGUUUCAUGGUUGACGGGAUGACAACACAAGGGUUAAGUUAAGGCUAGGAAAAUAUUGUGGGUUAGGGUUAAAAAAAAAAAUAUAUAUUUAUACGACAUGAAGAACAGGAAGUGUUGUUUGACCCAUCCACCACCCCAACAUGCCUUAUGAUUUUCAGUCUUUCAUACAACUCGCUAUCAUUAUCAUUCUUCAUGCUACGUUAUCUUGCAGCGCCGCGGUCAAGUCUUUAAGGCCUGGGUUUAAAAAACUAACAAAAAGAAAUUGCAAUUUUCAUUUGAAUGAUCCAAAAUCAUUUCACAACAUCCAAGAACCGACCUUUGUCUGUAUCACAUAAAAAUAUAAGACCGUUGGUACCGACUACGUUAUGUUAGCGUGCCGGGGGAAAGGGUUAAAUAACAAGGGGGGUUAACUCUAUUACCUCUCACUGAGUGUAGAGUCAGUAGAGGGACACUUUAUUGUGUAUUUAUGUAAAAUAAAAAGUACAUUAAUGGAACUUGGGAAGCUCGGGGAUGAGUUUUUCAUGUAAACACUGUUACUUUUUAAUAAAGCAGCAGGUUAGAAGGAACGUUGGACAGUUGUAGAAACUCUUUCAUUUUCAUCAUCCCCAAGCUAAAUUGGUAUUGCAACUGAACUGUUCCUAACCUAAUUGAUAUCAAAUUGAAAAUUUAAUUGGAAUAAAAUUGAAUCUGGAAUAAAAAAAAAAGAAUUCAGAGAAUCCCUGACGAUACCCAGCCCUAGUGCCUUUUAGGUCGGUGUGUGUCGCUGGGCAGCCACUGACCAAGUGUCAGUAUUUGACGAGUUGGGAGUGAGAAGGGGUUGACCUUUGGUAAGCGGCCAUGGCAUGAGCUCAGUAACGCUCUCUGAAAUGCCCAAAUAAAAUAAUGGACUUAAUGGAUGAAACAUCGCUUUCACCUCAUCCAUUAUUGUGUUACAUUGGGACACGUUGUCUUUUGUUAUCACCCACAUUACAUCAUCCAUUGCAUUGACAAAUAAAUUAUUAUGAAACUGUG